AUGGAAUUCAUAUUUGGAUCCAAAUUUGAAUUUGAACCAGCACGAAAAUGGGCAUCACAAAUGGAAUGGACUAUAUUAAAUAUAUCAUUAACAUAUGUGGUCACCAUAUUUGUUAUCAAAUAUGCGAUGCGUGAUCGAAAACCGUAUGAUUUGCAGCAACCACUUGUUAUUUGGAAUGCUUUGCUUGCAGUUUUCAGCAUUCUUGGUGUUGCUAAGAUAACGCCUGUUUUUUUCAAACAAAUGGCAACCAAAGGAUACAUCAGUACUUUCACUGAAAUAGGACCGUGCUUCACUGAUGACGUUGCUGGUUACUGGACUUUCUUGUGGAUUGUCUCGAAAGUUCCGGAACUUAUGGAUACGAUAUUUAUCGUAUUGAGGAAACGUCCGUUAAUGCUGAUGCAUUGGUACCAUCAUGCGCUUACGGGAUACUUCGCAAUCGUUACAUAUGCCAAUAAAAAUGCUUAUAUGAUUUGGGUUGUAUGGUUAAAUUUCAUCGUCCAUUCCUUCAUGUACAGUUAUUACAUGCUACGAUCGCUUCGUAUACGUGUCCCACCACAGAUUGCCCAGUUCAUAACUUUUGGUCAGAUCAUUCAGUUUGCCAUAACACAUGUAGUGAUGAUACAUUUGGCUAUUCUUGCUCUCACCACAACAAAUAAUAAUUAUGCUGUCACGUUGCGAGGUUUUGCGCUUGGCACUUUGAUGGAAGUGACUUAUUUGGUACUUUGGAUACGCUUCUACUAUGUGUCGUAUUAUGCGAAUGGUGGAAAGAAAUAUAUCGAGCAUAAAAAGAAUACCAAAGCUCAACAAUGA